AUGGCCGCGAGAUCUGCGACCCAGGUCAUUUUAGAUCAUGUCGUCGCGAAUCUGUCCUCACAUCGCUCGUCGACGUUGUUGGCUUCGCCGCUCUUCGUUGCCAUUCAAGGACCUCAAGGGUCAGGGAAGACAUACCUUACUUCUCAGCUCAAGAAGAUGCUCACCAGCGAACCUCACUCACUCAAUGUUGCCGUACUCUCCAUUGACGACUUAUAUCUUCCGCAUGAUGGCCUAAAGAGACUUGCAGACCAGCACAGGUCGAACAAGUUGUGGCAAGGUCGCGGUCAACCGGGCACCCAUGAUAUCCCACUAGGUGCUCGCUUGAUGCAAGCAUUACACGAGAUAAAUGUCGGAGAGCAGGCGGAGGUAGAGCUGCCUGUCUUCGACAAAAGCUUGUAUAACGGAGAGGGCGACCGUUUGGUCCAUGGCGGUGAUAUCAUUCGUGCGCCUCUAGACGUUGUCCUUCUCGAGGGCUGGUGCACAGGCUUCUAUCCCAUAUCGUCGAUGGAGUUGGAGAAAAGUUGGAGCACUCGGUGGCCGCAAGAAAUGGCUCGACUCGGGUUGGAUGCAGGUCCAGAUUCUGUAUGUCGGAAGGAAGAUGUCAUCAUGGUGAAUGAGGCAUUGAAGCAGUACGUUGACUUGUGGAAGUAUUUCACCGUCUUCGUCCAGAUCACUCCAACCGUAAUUGCAGGCAGAUCACCGUACGAGAUUGUAUAUAAAUGGCGCCGUCAGCAGGAGCAUCACAUGAAGGCUCAAAAUGGCGGUCGGGGCAUGUCGGACGAAGGGGUUAAACAUUUUGUAGAUCGGUAUAUACCAGGUUACGUCUUCUUUGGUGAAGGCGUGUCUAAACCCUUUGAGAUGCAAGGUGAUGUUAAGCAUCCUCCCUGGCUCGGGAACGGUCUACGGCUUGUUAUUGGAGAGGAAAGAGAACUGGUGGCCGUCGAGGAAUUUUGA